AAACUAUUCUCAACAAGCAGACACAAAGAACCUCACUAAACAAAACCCCAAACCUCCAUUUUUCUUACUAUUAUUUCUUCUCUGCUCCAAUAACUACACUCACUCACUCUCCAUUUUAAUGAACAACAAUGGAAGACUCUAAAGACUCGAAUGCUAGCAAGAAAUGCACCACCAAGACUAGAACUUUUAGAGGCAGAACAAAUACCCAUAAGCAUCAGUAUGAAUAUCAGUACCAGCAUCGUCUCUUUCAAUACUCUAACCAUUUUGGUUUUCUGAAUCACAACCAGUACUACCCAGCUCUACUUCCUCUUCCUCCUCCAAUACCUCUUCAGCUGGCUUUAACUCCUUCUUUCCCUCAAAACCACAGCUUUUUGUCAAAAACCCACUUCCAGAAACCUUCAUGCAAGCUUUUUAAGGCUCCUACUGUACCCACCUCUACUGAUACUCAGCAGCCUGUUCUUGCUAUCUCAUCAGCUCCGGAAGGGCUGCAAGGAAGAAAGAGUCUGCCUUUUAAAGGAAAUGAUAGAAGGAAAGGCAUGGGUACCACUGCUCAAGCACUGGUUGUUGCGAAAAGACCCGAUUCGGGUGGUGUAGAAGGAUCAGUUAUAACUCUCCUUGCCAACCAUUUUCUUGUCCGAUUGGAUUCCUCGCAGCGAAUUUUUCAUUACAAUGUCGAAAUUUCUCCAAAUCCUCCCAAGGAAGUUGCCAGACUGAUAAAACAAAAACUGGUUGAAGAGAAUUCAGCGGUGCUUUCUGGUGCUUUUCCAGCCUAUGAUGGUCGAAAGAAUCUUUACAGCGCGGUUGAAUUCCAAAAUGAUAGGCUUGAAUUCUACGUUAGCCUCCCAAUCCCAUCUAGCAAACCACUUUUGCCUUAUGGAGGACUUGAUGACUUUCAAGAGAAGCAUCAACAGCUCAAACUUUUUAGAAUUAAUAUUAAACUCGUAUCGAAAUUGGACGGGAAAGAUUUGAGCCGCUACUUAAGUAAGGAAACUGAUGAUUCGAUUCCACUUCCUCAGGAUUACCUACAUGCUUUGGAUGUUGUUCUGAGAGAAACCCCUAUGGAGAAGUGUAUAGCUGCAGGGAGAUCAUUCUAUACAACUUCAAUGGGCGGGACUAAAGAAAUCGGAGGAGGAGCUGUCGGAUUGAGAGGAUUCUUCCAAAGUCUUAGACCUACACAACAAGGACUAGCUCUCAAUGUGGAUUUUUCUGUGACUGCUUUCCAUGAAAGUAUUGGAGUGAUACCUUACCUGCAAAAGCGUCUCGAAUUUCUUCGAGACCUUUCUCAAAACGAAACGAGGAGUUUGACUGGUGAAGAAAGGAAAGAAGUAGAGAAGGCUUUAAAGAACCUCAGGGUCUUUGUUUGUCACAGAGAAACUGUUCAGAAAUACCGAGUUUAUGGUCUAACGGAACAAGCUACAGAAAAUCUUUGGUUUGCAGAUAGGGAUGGGAAGAAUCUAAGAUUAUUAAGUUACUUCAAGGACCAUUACAAUUAUGAUGUAAAAUUCAGGAAUUUGCCAUGCUUACAGAUUAGCCGAAGCAAACCGUGUUAUCUUCCUAUGGAACUUUGUAUGAUUUGUGAAGGCCAGAAGUUUCUUGGGAAGCUCUCAGAUGAUCAAACUGCAAGAAUACUUAAGAUGGGCUGCCAAAGACCAAAAGAACGAAAAGCCAUUAUCGAUGAAGUCAUGAGAGGACCUGUUGGUCCAAGAAGUGCCAACAAGGACGGAGAAUUCAAACUCCACGUCUCAAGGGAAAUGACAAAAUUGAAGGGAAGAAUCCUACAGCCUCCUAAACUGAAACUAGGUAAUGGUGGUCUUAUCCGAGAUUUAAUUCCAUCUCGCCAUGAUCGCCAGUGGAACCUUCUAGACAGCCAUGUGGCUGAAGGAACUAGAAUAGAAAGGUGGGCACUGAUGAGUUUUGGAGGCACCCUUGAUCAGAAGUCCAACAUUCCAAAAUUCGUAAACCAGCUAUCUCAAAGGUGUGAACAAUUAGGUAUCUUCCUUAGUAAAAAUACUAUAAUUAGCCCUCAAUAUGAACCGACGCAAGUCCUCAACAAUGUCCCCCUGCUAGAAUCAAAACUUAAUAAAAUACACAAAGCUGCUUCAAAUAAUUUGCAGCUGCUUGUAUGUUUAAUGGAAAAGCGACACAAAGGAUAUGCAGAUUUGAAGCGAAUAGCAGAAACAAGUGUUGGUUUUGUAAGCCAGUGCUGCUUAUUUCCAAAUCUUAGCAAGUUGAGCUCGCAAUUUCUGGCUAAUUUGGCUCUCAAGAUCAAUGCCAAAGUUGGAGGAUGCACAGUUGCUUUGUACAAUUCAUUACCGGCACAGAUUCCACGCCUUCUUCAUUCUGAUGAAGCGGUGAUCUUUAUGGGAGCUGAUGUUACUCAUCCUCACCCUCUUGAUGACUUUAGUCCAUCUGUUGCUGCUGUUGUUGGUAGCAUGAACUGGCCAGCAGCAAACAAGUAUGUCUCGCGAAUGAGGUCACAGACACAUCGGCAAGAAAUUAUUCAGGACCUUGGAGCAAUGGCGAAAGAGUUGCUUGACGAAUUUUUCCAAGAAGUAGGCAAACUUCCCAAGAGGAUAAUAUUCUUCAGAGAUGGCGUAAGCGAAACCCAGUUUUAUAAGGUUCUUCAAGUGGAAUUGCAAGCGAUCAAGGAAGCUUGUUCUGGAUUCCCGGGCUAUAGACCUCUCAUUACCUUCGCUGUAGUCCAGAAGAGGCAUCAUACUAGAUUGUUUCCUUGUGAAACUGAUGUAGCUUCAUUUCAGAACCAGUUCAAUGAUGAAAAUAUACCCCCAGGAACUGUCGUUGAUUCUGUGAUUACUCAUCCGAGGGAAUUUGACUUCUAUUUAUGCAGUCACUGGGGGGUGAAAGGAACAAGUAGGCCAUCUCAUUACCAUAUCUUAUGGGAUGAGAACCAAUUCACUUCUGAUGAAUUGCAGAAAUUGGUUUAUUGUCUCUGCUUUACAUUUGUAAGGUGCACCAAACCAGUCUCUUUGGUGCCUCCUGCUUACUAUGCUCACUUAGCUGCAUACAGGGGCAGGCUUUACCUCGAGCGAUCCGAAUCCGCAACUUGUCCGAGAAAUGCUUCUGCUGUCUCAAGAGUAGGACCUCCCAAAGCAACACCUCUUCCAAAACUCAGUGAGAAUGUAAAGAACCUCAUGUUUUACUGUUGAUAAUUCUGCUUGCAUAUUGUAGUCCUUCUUGAGUUACAACUUUGAAGGAACUACUAUAAUUGAUAGUGUUAUUAUUAACACAUUACAGAAUCAUUAUCACCUUAUAUUUAACAGGAAAAACAAGGACUUAUGAGUUAUUCUGUAAAUUUUCAUUAAUUUAAUAAUUUCAUUUCAUUUCAAA